AAUAUUAUGUAUUAUUCUACUGUCUCUGAUGUAUCAUUAUAUGAUUGACGUUUCUAGUAUAAUACUGGAACGGGAUGGAGUCGUCUGCCGUGGUGGGCAACGAUUACCUUCAACAAUAUCGAAAUAUUUCAUCAAAGCUGAAAAAACGUUUUCUCCGAAAGCCAAAUGUAGCAGAAGCAAGCGAAGAGUUUGGUCAGUUAGCACGAGAGCUGAGUGAUGGGGAGGCAUGGGCACAAGCUGGUCUGUGCUGCGUAGCUGUGGCCAGAUGUGAGCAGACCCUGGUGAACCCCACCACUGAAGUCUCGGCCAUAACUCAGGCCGCCAGGUACUUCCUCAAGGCUGAAGUUGUGAAUCAUCACCUCCAUUGUCCCAGUUUUAAUGAACACCUUAUGACUGCAAUUAGUUGUUUCCAACAUGCCAUUCAACUGUACAUAGACCAGAAGAAGCCAGCACUAGCUGCAUCACUUGCUGUGGAGUUGGGACAGGCCCUUCGGUCAUUAGGACGCCCAUCAGAAGCACUGACUCAUCUACGUAUAGCAGCUGACCUCCAUGCUGCCUCUCCCUUCCACCACCUCACUUGUCUUGGCUACAUUGCUUCAUGCAAAAUAGAACUGGGAGAUCUUCAUGGAGCUUUGAUGGUGUUUACCCAGAUGACAACAUUAAUUGAGAAAACUGCCGAACUACCACUUACUGGGGCGUAUAAGGACAUUCUGGCUAGGUGUGAAAUUUCUUCAUUGCUCAUUCUGUUGACACUGCAGCCUUUACCUCAGCACACCAAGCUGCCUCAUGCUCAGCUUCUGGAAAAGUACUCUUGGAACUCUCCUGAUCUGCAAAAACUUAAUGUACCAUAUGAUGAUGCCGAGUUAGUGGUGCUGCUGCAGUCCUUGGUACUGACGUGCCAGGGUCGAGAUACUCAAGCUCUUGCUACCCUAAGUCAGCAUCUCACUCGCUUACUGGGACCUGAACACCUUCACUUACUUCACACACUUGUCACUGAAAUGAACAGAACAUGAUACUUAUAUUAAGUGCAUCAGAAUAUGUAAUGAUGGAUAAUAGUUACACAGUAUUCAGUUAACAAACCUGCCACACAAAGAAGACUGAGGCAGAGAUAAUAGGAAACUUCGUACUCAGUUUUCUCCUAUCUACUAUCUCGAACCUAUUUUUACUUUGAUGGGUUUAUACGUGAUGGCAAUUUUAUAUAAAUUGGCAAAUUGCAUCACUGAGUUUAAUGUUGUACUGUGUAUUAAGCCAAUUCAAUAAUAUUGCCUUGAAAUGUGUGUAAUGCACAUUUUAAUGUAUAAACAUUAUUGAAAUUUGCAUCAAAUAGUUGAAAUCUGAAGCAGCAACAUGUUAUUAUAUUAAUAAUUGUUUUCCAUUAACUAUCUCUUUACUCUAUUGAAAUGUAUAUUUUAUAAUAUGGUUAUUUUCAUAAAUAAAAUAUGUUAUCA